AUGUCUUCUUUGCCAUAUGAAGUUAUAGUGUCUACCCCUACUGACAAACCAGUUACUACUUCUAAUGCAUGCUUAGACUGUUCUGUGAUGGUUGACGACAAUAAUUUCUCUGUGAAUUUGAUUUUUUUCCCUCUUUCUCAUCUUCAUGUGGUGUUGGGAAUGGAUUGGUUAUCGUUCAACCAUGUUCUUCUCAACUGUAAAAACAAGACCUUGAUCUUUGGUGCUUGUGCCCAAGAUAUCCCAAGAUCUUCAAGUUUAGAGAUCUCCAACGUGAGUGAAACCAAAAGGGUAGAAAAUGUUAAAGCCUUUAUGGUUUUAUUUUUAUCCAAUACCAAGGAGUCUCUUGGUAUUGGAGGGAUGUCUGUAGUAUGUGAAUUUCCUAAAGUUUUCCCUGAGGAUGUGACUAAGUUACCACCUGAGAGGGAACUUGAAUUCGCCAUAGACCUACUGCUUGGGUCUAGUCCUAUAUGA